CUUGUUUCGAUCACGUGACGCGAGCUUACGAAGAUGGUGGAAGUUUCUUCUUCCUUGAAGUGAAGCUCCGACUGAAUCCUAAACACCGAGGGCUAGGAGUUCACUGCAGCGUUACCAGUUUGGGUUUAUAUACUUUAAAAUAGGGCCUUCAGCCCAGCCCCUAUGUCAUGGCAAGUGGAGUCACCAAGCCGGGCCCUUCCAACGGUCACCCUAUGAAGGCACAGCUACAAAUCGUUGUGCUAUCUGCAAAGCUAAAAGAGAACAAGAAAAACUGGUUCGGCCCCAGUCCCUAUGUGGAAGUGACAGUCGACGGCCAGUCCAAGAAAACUGAGAAAUGCAACAACACCCACAGCCCCAAAUGGAAGCAGCCGCUCACUGUGAUUGUGACUCCGUUCAGCAAACUGGUGUUCCGUGUGUGGAGCCACCAGACCCUGAAGUCCGACGUGUUGCUGGGCAUGGCCACACUGAACGUCAGUGACACGCUCAAGUCUAACGAAAUGAAAAUUUCUGAGGUGGUGCAGACCUUACAGCUGUGUGCAGACAGAGACCAGUCCGAUGUGGUGGGAGACCUCUCCGUCUGCCUGGACGGAAUGACUGUCGACCCCGAGAUGUUCGCCACGGCAGAGGCCGACCAUCACAGUACAUCAAACGGGGAUUCCCAACCCAACGGGGAUCAUGUCACAAGGCGGAGUCGAGACAGCUCCCCUGCUGUGAGCGUGGACGGCGUCGAGCACAGGUCUUCUCCCAGCGGACGGAGGUCGGUGCACAGCGCGGGGUCUCCCUCUGUGUCCUCAGGGGGCUCGAGGCCUCUACGACCCCCCCGGCCCUCCAGACCUCCUCCUCCAACCCCGCGCAGACCCGCCUCUUCACCAGCAUCUUCUAGUAAUGGCUCUGCAACAGCUGACGGCAGUGACGGUCAGUCGGGUUCUGACACACCGGUUCGAACCCCGGCUUCAGGACCUUCACCGGCCUCAGGACCCUCACCGGCCUCAGGACCGUCACCUGCCUCAGGACCCUCACCUGCCCCAGGACCCUCACCGGCCCCUGGAUCGAGUCCAUCGGCGGGCUCGGAGAGGAACUCAACAGCGGCCCCCAGCUACGGGGCCGCUGCCUACAGCUCCGGGGCUGCUGCCCCCAGCUCCGGGGCUGCGGCCUCCAGCGCCGGGGCAGCGGCCUCCAGCGCCGGGGCAGCGGCCUCCAGUGCCGGGGCAGCGGCCUCCAGCUCCGGGGGUGCGGCCCCCAGACAGCCGGCCAGCAGCGUCACCCCUGCUGUCACUCCGAGUGUCCCCGCUGUCAGCACCGGGCCCCUGCCCCCAGGGUGGGAGCAGAGGGUGGAUCAGAACGGCAGGGUGUAUUUUGUCGAUCACGUGGAAAAGAGAACGGCGUGGGAACGCCCUGAACCACUGCCCCCUGGCUGGGAGCGUCGUGUCGACCAGAUGGGGCGGGUCUACUUUGUCGAUCACAUGACCCGGACCACCACGUGGCAGCGCCCCACCAUGGAGACGGUGCGUAACUAUGAGCAGUGGCAGCACCAGCGCAGCCAGCUGCAGGGGGCCAUGCAGCAGUUCAACCAGAGGUUCAUAUUCGGGCUACAAGAGCAGGUCUCAGCCACUCAGAAUAAGGAGUUUGAUCCUCUCGGGCCUCUGCCACACGGAUGGGAGAAGAGAACAGACUCCACUGGCAGAGUUUAUUUUGUACAUCACCCUACGCGAGCAACACAGUGGGAGGACCCACGAACACAGGGUUUGCUGAAUGACAAGCCUCUCCCUGAGGGCUGGGAGAUGAGGUUCACUGUAGACGGUAUUCCCUACUUCGUGGACCACAACAGGAGAGCGACCACGUACAUCGACCCUCGCACUGGAAAGUCCUCACUUGAAAACGGACCUCAGAUCACCUACGUUCGAGACUUUAAAGCCAAAGUACAGUACUUCAGAUUCUGGUGCCAGCAACUGUCAAUGCCUCAACACAUCAAGAUCAGCGUAACCAGGAAAACCCUGUUUGAGGACUCCUUCCAGCAGAUUAUGAGCUUCAACGCUCAAGAUCUGCGAAGGAGACUUUGGAUCAUCUUCCCUGGAGAAGAAGGCCUCGACUACGGAGGCGUUGCCAGGGAGUGGUUCUUCCUGUUGUCCCAUGAAGUUUUGAACCCCAUGUACUGCCUGUUUGAAUAUGCCGGCAAAGAUAACUACUGUCUCCAGAUUAACCCCGCCUCCUACAUCAACCCUGACCACCUCAAGUAUUUCAAGUUCAUCGGACGCUUCAUUGCCAUGGCUCUUUUCCACGGCAAAUUCAUCGACACUGGUUUCUCACUGCCAUUCUACAAGCGCAUGCUCAACAAGCCCCUGGCCCUCAAAGACCUGGAGUCGAUCGACCCGGAGUUUUACAACUCGCUCAUGUGGAUCAAGGAUAACAACAUCGAGGAGUGCGGGCUGGAGAUGUUCUUCUCCGUGGACAAAGAGAUCCUGGGGGAAAUCUCCACCCAUGAGCUGAAGCCAGACGGAGGAGAGCUCCAGGUGACGGAGGAGAACAAGGAGGAGUACAUCAGGCUGGUAGCAGAGUGGAGGCUGUCCCGAGGGGUGGAGGAGCAGACUCAGGCUUUCUUUGAAGGCUUCAACGAGGUCCUCCCUCAGCAGUACCUGCAGUACUUCGAUGCUAAAGAGCUCGAGGUGAUGCUGUGUGGUAUGCAGGAGAUCGACCUGGCAGACUGGCAGAAAAACACCAUCUACAGACACUACGCUCGCAGCAGCAAACAGAUCGUCUGGUUCUGGCAGUUCAUAAAGGAGGCGGACAACGAGAAGAGGAUGAGGCUGCUGCAGUUUGUCACAGGAACCUGUCGCCUGCCUGUCGGAGGCUUUGCCGACCUUAUGGGAAGCAAUGGUCCCCAGAAGUUCUGUAUCGAGAAGGUGGGAAAAGAAAACUGGCUUCCCAGAAGUCACACGUGCUUCAACAGACUGGACUUGCCGCCAUACAAGAGCUACGAGCAAAUGAAGGAGAAGCUGCUGUUUGCCAUCGAGGAGACGGAAGGCUUCGGACAGGAGUGAAAGGAAUCAGGAGGCGUUUGAUAGUGGGUGCAGGACUCUGAAGGAAAAUACAGUGUUCAAAUCAGGGAGCCCCUUCAGAAAAAGCGGGUGUUUUCAUUCUACUCAAGCAUGCACGCACACACUCGUUUGCUACUCCUUCGGGUGCGUGUGUGAGACCGUCGCCUGCAUGCUGUUGCUACGGAGCUGGGAUUAUGGUCUUCUCUGCUCGCGGCAGGCCUCUCGAUGCUCGAUAAGUACCUGAAAAAUGUUGUAUUCUUCUGAACCUGAAGCUGCUCCCAUCUCUCAGGAUGUGCGGCAAAUUAUGCAUGGGAUCCUGAAAACGCACCCUCCAUGAAAUCUGCAGGAUUUCCCCCUCCUCACAUCAUGUAACGGCGAGCAACGGGGGGGCAUCGUAGAAAUCUUAAAACCAGAAAGGGCACAGGUUCUUAAAGUAGAGUCUCGCAACGGUGACUUUGAUCGUGAUUUAAUUCCUAACGUGUUUGUUUUAAGAUAAGAUUGAGAGGGUGUGCUUUUUCUUUAACGGGGUUGAAGGCACAAUGAGUAGGAUUUGUUCAAGUACAAUUCUUUUUAACACAUUUAGAGUCAGCUAAACGAGGGUGACGGUGCUCGCUAGCAGAUAAAAGCUAUCCCCAGAUUCAAUUUUGUUUUGGAAGGAAGUUUAUUCUGCAUGUCGUUGAUAUUUUCCUGGCACUAUGUCUGCGUUUUUUUCCUAAAUCAAUGCUUACAAUCUGGCACCUUGGUCGCUACAUUUUUAUGGUAGAAGUUGCCGACAAACGGACAAGUAACGGCAAAAAGAAGAGAAAAUCCACGUCUCUGUUCCAGAUCCACACACUUCUGAAGUGAGGAUUGAUUGUUCUACAAUCUAUACAUUUUGGAAAAAUCUACUCAUUGUGCCCUUUCACCAAAAAGCAGACGUUGUUGCCCUAAGAUUGUUUAUCGUGUCCACAUUUAAAAUGAUGACAAACGGUGACUUUGAUCACAUCCUGAAAUCUCUCUCACUUUCUCUCAUGACUUAAGUGGAUUUUUUUGUGACCAUAUAAAAUGAUUGCUAUGUCGUAGUUUAUUUUUUAAAGUGCCCCAAAUUAAUGCUUAAAUAACAGACAAUCUUGGUGCUGCAAAGAGAUUUUUGCGACAUGUCUAACACGCGUAACUAGAUCACUUGUUUUUGUGUUCUAUAGUAUUUGAUCUGUGAAUCGCUUAAUGAUUGUGAAAAGUGUUGGAGCCUCCAUUAUUUUAAAGUAGUGGGAAAUGUGCACAACAGAACUUAGACUGACCCUAGUUUUAUAGGGAAAGAGUUUGAACGCUGUGACGGGAAUGGGGAGUCUUGGAUUAUAGAGAAUUCUGGGAGUAUUUUAUAAGUUAUUCGUGUUAAGAUCAGCUUCAGAGGGUUAUUUUAAUUCACAGGGUGGGUUUGUUAAAGACAAGAUCCUGACAAAUCUAGUGGGAAUGAAGUAUUUUAAAAUAUGUAUGAAGUACUUCAAUUAAUGUGUCAGAACUUUAAAUUAUUAUUUUUAGAAAGCAAGUGAAAACACCAAAUGCAAGUCAAACCAAAUCUUGUUUUUUCUUUUAGUUUAGAUCAAAUCUGAAGUGACAUUUUGAAUGCUUUCUUUGCAAAACUCCACAAGAAAUUGCAAGAAAACACAUAUGUAGCAUUUGAAGGAGAUUGAUGAACGUAUUGCCCAACAGCCUACCACAAAAUGAACAGGAAAAACGAAGAAAACUCUGUCAAAAAGAUGCAUGAGGUAUUUAAAACUUCAGUUUUUCUUCCACACUUAAAAUAUAAUUUACCUCCUUAUUAUUUACAGUCAAAAUCCAUCUGAUGUCAGUUUGCUUUUUCAGACCGAGAUACUGAUUUAUAAAUGUAUGUCUGAAACAAUUUAAAAAAUGGUGUGUUCAGGUAUGAAUUCUUACUGUGGUCUUUAUGGAUCUCAUUAACUAUCCAGUAAUAACAGAAGUGUGUGACUGACAGACACCUCCAGAUGUGGAAUGAAACUGCAAACAUCUGUUUGGUUAGGUUGAUGUCACACAUUUGAUCAGUCACAGAGAUCCAGGGAGUGCUGUGGCUCAUUUAGAGUGAGUUAAAUACACUCUAAAUAGAAAGGUUAGGGCGGCACAAUUCAUCACGUUUUUAUUAAAAUCACAAUAUGGACUAGUGCAAUAUCCAAAUUGCAGUAAACGCAAUAAUAUACAUUUCUGUUAAGGCAACAUAUUUGAAAAUAUUCUGAAUGAAGUGGAGCUGAAAAUAUAUCCCGGCCUUAACAGUAUUCUACAGACCUAUUAAUAAAAAUUAUUGUUCAGUAUGAUCCUCUUAAAGAAACCACACCAUCCUCGUAUCACUUUUUUAAAGAGGCCCUAUUAUGCUUUUUUGGGUUUUCACUUUCCUGUAGCGUGUAGUCGAUUUUUGUGAAGUAAAUCACAAAAUCAUUCUCUAACACUCAAGCGUGUAUUGGCUAGCGCUCCAACACAUUGUACGUCAUAGGCUAAGGGGCGGGGACAUUUCUAAGCUGUUGACCAAUCACAACCGAGCCAGCCAGCCAGCUAACCAAUCAGAGCAGACAGGGCUCUGGUUUCAGACAGAGGGUGAAAAGAGGUGCUGCAGCACAGGCAGUAUGAGAAAACCUUUUUGAAUAUUAAAGAAUUGAAACUUGUCCAGUAGAGUCACACGAUACACAUAUGGACCUGAAAUGAGCAUAAUAGGAGCCUUUUAUUGAUAAUCGUAAUAAAAAAAUUAUAAUUCUCUGAUAUUGCAAAUCAUAUCGAAAAUAUAAUUGCCAGUGGGUAUUUUUCCAAAUUGUGCAGCCCUAGCUCAGGUGGUGUUGGUGUGACAUAGCAGAGCACUUUAAAACUAAAUAUCCCUCCCUUUUCUUCUCAGCAUGUGAAUAAUCUAGUCCUGGGCUCUUUGUUUCAACUUGGUGGUGAGAUGGUGUUUGUCAUGAGCCUUCAGGUAGCCUUAUUUCCAUUCUCAGGCAUCAGAAAUCCUUUUUUAGCAAAAUGGUCAUGGCAGAGAUGAACCGAGAGUUCUGAGAGAGUGCACCAGUUUGGAAAAGCUAUAUGCUGAUGACACUUCAGCAUGGAUAACAACUACUGAGACACAGUCAGUGUAAUAUAACGAAUGUAUCAUAAUGAAACGUUGCCUCAGAUUGUUACCCCUGAUGCAGAGUGAGGUUUUGAUCUGGGUCGAACACAAAUAAAAAUCCCAGGGAGUUGGCAGAUAAAUAUGUGAAUAUCAUAAUUCACCGCCUUUUUUCCCCUCCAUGUACAACUAUAACCACUGUCACUCUCCUGUAUAUGAAAACAAGUUGUAAAUGGUGUCAAUAACAAAUGUUCUUUUUUAAAAAGAAAGGUUUUAAUAAGAGGUUUAUGGUAACACUAUAUUUUCUUUUCCCUGUUCAAUUGCCGAUGUACAUGAAAGAUGUGUAAUAUAGAAAUUGUCACCUUAAUAAAUUAAAUCAAAAAAA